AUGGCCUCGGGCGGCCCGCCGCCGACCGUGGCCGUGGCCGUGCGCCCCGGCGGCAGCGGCAGCCGCCUCGCCACGCGGUGGGUCGCCGCGGGGCUCCCGGACGACGGCCGCGCCGCCGCCGUCGCCCUCGUCCACGUCAUCCCCACGCUCUCCUACGUGCCCUCCCCCACGGGGGAGAGGGUGCCGGUGGCGCUGGUGGGGCGGGAGCCCGCGGAGGCGUACGCGCGGGACCGGCGGGCGCGCGCGGAGGAGGCGCUCCUCCCGUUCCGCCACCUCAACUGCGGCCGCGCGAACGUCGCCGUGGAGACGGUGGUGGUGGAAGGCGACGGCGUGGCGGAGGCGCUGCUGCGGUACGCGCACGAGUCCCGCGUGCGGAGCCUCGUGCUCGGCUCGGCGUCCUUCCGCUGGUUCCGGAGGGUGCUGAGCAUCCCAGAUGUCCCCAGCACUGUCAUUCAGGCAACGCAGAAUUCUUGCAAUGUGUUCGUCGUGUCCAAGCGGAGACUUAUUAUGAAACUCGCAAGACAUCCUCAAACGAGCGAGUCUAACGCAAACUUGAGGAUUGAGGCGAUCAGUCAUGAAACAUUUGAACAAUCACACAGGAGUCUACUGUUUGACAACUUUGCUGAUGAUGAGGCACAUUCUGAUGCAUUCUCCCAUGCCCACAGCUCGCAUAGUGCUUCUAAUGUCGUUCCAAGCUCAGGAAGUUCAGAGCAAGUUGCUUCAGAAAGUUCGGUAGCAAACGCCGCAGAAACGGAAGGGAGUAAAAACUAUGAUUCUCUUAGCUCCUUGGGGGAAGCUCCUUGUGCUACUUCAAACUCAAGCGAAGAGUGCCAAUCUGUAGACGAAGUGGCGAAACUAAGGAAGGAGCUGCAGGAUACCUUAGUGGUAUAUGAUAAAGCCUGUGUAGAACUUGUCAAUGCUAAGAAAAAGAUUCAGGUGCUUUCUACUGAGUGUUCCGAAGAGGCGAGGAAGGUGGAGCACGCACUAGAAUGGGAGGAAGCUUUGAAGCAGACGGUAGCAGACGAGAAGGCGAAACAGCUAGAGGCCCUCAACCAGGUCGAGCGCGCGAGAAGAUCAUUCACCCGGGAGGCUUAUUCAAGGCACAAGGCAGAAAUGGCUACUAGCCUGAUCUCCGAGGACAGGGCACAGAUCGUCGACGCUAUUCUGUCGAAGAGCAGAACUUGCAGGCGGUAUUCGAAGCAGGAUAUACAGCUUGCCACUGACAAUUUCUCUGAAGCAAGGAAGAUUGGCGAGGGAGGCUACGGGAAUGUGUACAGGUGCACUCUUGAUCACACUGAAGUAGCUGUCAAGGUCAUUCAGCAAGAUUCCAUUGACAGAACUGAUGAAUUCUUGAAGGAGGUCGAGAUUCUCAGCCAGCUUCGCCAUCCCAACCUGGUUCUGCUGAUCGGUUUCUGUCCAGAGAUCGGCUGUCUCGUGUACGAGUACCUGAAGAACGGGAGCCUGGAAGACCAGCUCUUCAACAACAAAGGGCGCCAGCAGCUGCACUGGUUCCUCCGUAUCCAGAUCAUCUUCGAAGUCUCCUGCGGGCUCGCCUUCCUGCACGCAAGGAACCCGGAGCCCAUCGUGCACCGCGACCUGAAGCCGGCCAACAUCUUGCUGGACAGGAACUACGUUGGCAAGAUAGGCGACGUCGGCUUCGCCAAGCUCCUCUCCGACCUCGUGCCGGACUGGCAGACGGAGUACAGGGAGACGAUCGUCGCCGGCACCCUGUACUACAUGGACCCCGAGUACCAGCAGACCGGGACCGUCCGGCCCAAGUCGGACGUGUUCGCUCUGGGAGUGAUCAUGCUGCAGCUCCUGACCGGCAGGCGCCCAAACGGGCUCAUUGUGAGCGCGGAAAAUGCUGUGAGAAACGGGAGGCUUCGUGAUAUCCUCGACAAGUCUCAGAGCGAUUGGCCGGCUGAUGAGGCGGAGAUGUUCGCCAAGCUCGGGUUGAAAUGCACGGCCCUGAAAUGCAGGGACAGGCCUGAUCUCGAGUCGGAGGUGCUGCCGGAGCUCGACGAGAUCCUGCACAGGAUUACCUCUGCUGUCAAUCUGAGGAACCCAAAACUGAGUGUGCCAAGCCACUUCAUCUGCCCUAUAACACAGGAGCUGAUGGAGGACCCGCAUGUCGCUGCCGAUGGCCACACCUACGAGCAGUACGCGAUCAGAGCUUGGCUCAAGAGGCACAAGACAUCUCCUGUCACGAGGAGCAAGCUCCCGAACUCGUCCAUCAUCCCGAACCACUCGCUGCGUGCCGCCAUAGAGCAGUGGAAGUCACAGCUACCAGAUCAGACGACAGACCCAUGA